CGCCCCGGUCACGUGAGCCGUCAGCUGUGCUUCAGCACAUCCGCCUGACUCGCCUGUGUUUACAAAUCAGCAGACACGGCAACACGACGGAAUGGCGAGACCUGCGUGAUUCAUACAGAUAAGAACGAUUCCAUCAUUCGACUGAGGGGAAUCCCAACGCUCUCUCUGACGGUCCCGCUGGGUCGCAGACAUGCAGCACCCAAACUUCGAGACCCACCACCCGCUGCAGACCAGUGAGCAGCAGGAGACGGGCUUUGACCCACUGCACAACUUCAACCAGAACCACCGGGGAUCUCUGGACAGCAGUACUUACUCCCAGUCCCAGGCGACCUUCCUCUCGUAUAGGAGAGAGUGGGACGACCUGUUCCUCAAUAGUAACUACCUGGCCAGGACGCGGCAGGCUGGCAUCAGCGGGCGUCUCCGUAGCAGCCGCUUCCGCAGUGUGUGCUGGAAGUUGUAUUUGGAGGUGCUUCCUGAAGACAAGGGGGAGUGGAUCAACAGAAGCAAGGAUGUGCGUGCCCAGUAUGAGAAGAUCAAAGAGAAGCACAUCACCAACCCACGUAAGGCCGCGGGUCAGCAGGACCUGGUAGUGAACAACCCCCUCUCCCAAGACGAAGGGAGCCUGUGGAACAAGUUCUUCCAGGACAAGGAGCUGAGGAGUAUGAUCCGGCAGGAUGUGAUGAGAACGUUCCCCGAGAUGCGUUAUUUCCAGGAGGAGGAUGUGAGGACCAAGCUUACAGACAUCCUCUUCUGCUACGCCAGGGAGAAUGAACAGUUACUGUACAAGCAGGGCAUGCACGAGUUGCUGGCUCCCAUCGUGUUUGUGUUGCACUGCGACCACCAGGCUUUCCAGCAUGCCAGUGAGACGGCCAACCCCAGCGAGGAGAUGAUGACUCUGCUGGACCCUAACUACCACGAGCACGACUCCUAUGCCAUGUUUUCCCAGCUGAUGGAGACGACGGAACCCUGGUUCUCCAGCUUUGAGAGGCAGAUCAGGAAGGGGAAGGAAGAGAUGCUGACCACCAUCCCGUUUGCCCGGCCUCAGGACACCGGCCCCUCUGUUGCCAUAGUGACCAAAGUCAACCGUAUCCAGGACCAGCUUGUGAAGAAGCACGAUGUGGAGCUGCACAUGCACGUCAACCGGCUGGAGAUUGCCCCCCAGAUCUAUGGCAUCCGGUGGGUGCGUCUGCUCUUCGGCCGGGAGUUCCCCCUGCAGGACCUGCUGGUGGUGUGGGACGCUCUGUUCGCAGACAGCAUCACCCUGGACCUGGUGGACUACAUCUUCGUGGCCAUGCUGCUCUACAUCCGAGACGCGCUGAUUGCUAGCAACUUCCAGACCUGCCUGGGCCUUCUUAUGCACUACCCUCCCAUCGGAGACAUCCAUUCACUGCUCCACAAGGCCCUGUUCCUCCGAGAUCCCAAGAACAAUCCGCGGCCCUUCAACUAUCAGUUCCAACAGAACCUGGACUACUACAAGACGAGGGGAGCGGACCUGGUCGACAAGACCCGCGCCCCCGGCAGUGCCAAAGCGCCCCCCCUCAACAUCAACAAGGUGUCCAGCAGCCUGCUCAACUUUGGCAGGAAGCUCAUCUCCCCGGCCGUCCAGGGCAGCCCGGCCGUCUUCUCGCCCAUCAACACCGAGGUGCACUCCUCCUCCUUCACCGCCGCCGCCGCGCCUCCCGUCUCCUCCUCCUCCUCCUCCUCCUCCUCCUCCUUCUCCACCCCGGGGCCCAUGCAGCCGCCUCCGCCCCGCCCCCUGCUGGAGACGCUCAACAGCCAGGGCCCAGAGCAGCACCCGCGCCUGCUCAAGUCAGAGAGCAUGCCCGCGCACCUCAGCAAAGAUGUAGUUUCAGGCGACACGUCACAGGAAACUCUCCCAGUUCAGAAUUACAAUGACACACAAGGGCAACGGUCCAGGGCGGUGAGCUCCUCCCCCAGCGUGGAGAGCCUGGGCAUCGGGGGGCGGGGUCACAGCACGGCCUCCCCUCCCCUCCCGCCCUCCAGGGGGAGCGACGCCAGCGCCGCCUCCCCGCCGCUCUCCGCCAGCAGGAAGGAGUCCUUCUUCAACAUCACGCGCUCGCGCUCCCACAGCAAGAGCAUGGGCAAGAAGGACAACGAGGAAGAUUUGGAGGCCCAGGUGUCCUUCCUACAGGGCCAGAUCAACGACCUGGAGGCCAUGAGCAAGUACUGUGCCAAGAUGAUGAACACGCACAUCUGUAAGAUCCAGGACGUGAUUCUACAGGAACACAUAGAGAAGGAAGAUGAGGUGCUGGUGUCCCUGGCUGGACUCAAGCAGAUCAAAGACAUCCUCAAGGGGGCGCUGCGCUUCAACCAGAGCCAGCUGGAGGCUGAGGAGAAUGAGGAGAUCUCCAUCGCUGACGACCACUACACCAUCGCCUCCAACGCCGCCGCCGCCGCCGCCGCCGCUGCCUCUGCUGCCACCGCCACCGGCGAACGACCACCCACCAGCAGUCUACCGGGCCGCGAGUCGGAGCGCGACCGCAGCCUGAGCGUGGAAGACGAAGAAGAAGAGGAGGAGGAAGAGAAGGAGGAGGUGAAGGAUCCACAGGUCCACACGCCACAAGAAAAACAGGUGGCGCCACCAGCAGCUCCAGAGGGGAAGCACUUUGACGACUACAUCCUGGUGUCCCAGGAGGGAGAACUGCCGGCGCCGGUCGGGGGUAGCGCCCGGGGGGGGGACAUCGGCGAAGGAGGAGGCGGAUCCACGCCUCCCGUCAGGAGGGGGCGGGGCUCGGUGCGUCUGGAGCCCGAGGGCUUGGCCGGGGGCUUCCAGGACCCCCUGAUCGCCUGCGUGGUCACCUCUGGCUCCUCCAGCCCAGACGAGGGCUCCACCAACAGCAAAGACUCUGACUUCACCAUCGUCAACCCAAAUGAUCUGUGAACGCGCCGCGCACUCGGAGGAUGCUCUCUCCCCUUCACCCGCGGUAAAGAAUACAAACUUGCACCUGUGGACUAAAGACACUUUCCUAGCUUUGUUAGAUCAGCCACUUUGCCAUCGAUACCUUAUAACCUAUCCCCCUCUCUCUCUCUCGUUGUUCUUUUUAUUAUUCUCUGACCUGAGGCUGUACGCUAUCUACAUUUACCUGCCGUAGGCCUGUCCUCUCCCUCUAUGCUUAGGCUUCCUCUGGCAACCAUCUAACCUCACUCAUCCCAUGACUUUUAACCGUAGCGCCAUUUUCUGUCAGCAGGGGGCGCCAACAGACCACGUUACUGUGUCUCGAUGCCGUUGCGCUCCAAACUUCACGUUAAGAACUGGGAGUCAAAGCUCCCUAGUACUUGCCAUAAGCCAACUGUACUAAUUGCAAAAUCUCUGGCUGUCCCCGAGUGCGGAGACAUAGCCAAUAUUCUGUCUCUGUAAUGUCUGUCACCGAUGUGAAUGCGAGGGAAGACACUGUAUAUUGGAUUCUGGCCUCUUCUGUCUUUUUCUACCAGUGCCUCAAACUGUUUUUCACUCGACGCAACUAAACCCAAUGUUCUUAUGUUAACGUGUUUUUUUUGGUUUUGUUUUUUAAGUAUAUUUUAAAUCCAUAGAACCACAUUUACGAGUCAUAAAUGAUUAAAAUAUGUGGUAGGGAAUAGGGUUGUCUUCGGUUUUUUUUUACAUAGAUUCCAAUAGAAACGUUUUACCUGUUUUACUUUGUUCUGCUAUGUUUCUGCUCACCUGCAGUUAGCCAUGAAAGAAGUAUGCAUGGAGAAUGGCCCUCUUCGCUUACCAUCCAAUGUAAUUAAUUGUAGAUCAAUAAAAACAACAUCGCUAUUCCAUGUUUA